UCGUGUUCCGUACAGCUGACUGUUCAUCAACUCCCAUCCCGCCAGCCAUUCUGUCAAACUCAUCUAGAAUCUUCUCUUGUUUACUUGGUAUAUAUCAUAUCUGAUCACCAACGACUUACUGUGUAGAAAGGGAGAGGAGUGUAGCACAUUGUUAGUGAGGUAAGACUUCGGCCUUUUUUCUUCCAUUAAAAUUACAAAUGUAAGAAGAUUUGAAUCCAUAUUCUUUUGAGUCAUUUUUCUACACUUCUAUCUCUAUUAUCUCUUGUCCUUUACAUGAUGGCGAUGACGGACGGCAUCAAUUGUAGAACGGUAUUUGUGCCCAGGUUAACCACUGGAAAAGUUUUGGUAAAUCAUGUUUGGUCUUUAGAAAUGGAUACAGUUAGUAUUUGAUAUCAUGUUGAUAAUGUGUUGAUAGGGCGCUACAAGUUUUGACGAGGCCUUUAACAUGAGCUUCUUAUUAGCUGAAUACCGUUACAUUAUCACCUAGCUCCAAUGCUGAAGGCGCAAGGAAAUGUUUCGUCCGUCGUAGUUGCAGACACGUGUCGAAAUCUUGACAUAUUGAUACAGGCCACUGCAGGGAAAUUACAACAAAAUCCUAUUAACUAAAAAUCAGAGCCCCCCCCCUUUUUUUUUAUGGUAGUGUAUUAUCGUCUGAAAACACCCAUUACGUAAUGUACGACUGCACUUGUAACUUUCGAUUCAGCGAUGUAUAGUGUUUCGUUAGGAACCACCGCCUGCUGUGUGUGAUGAUGUUACAUUUGUGCGCUGUAUGGCUGACCGCGGAGGAUGAUAGUAAUUGUCAGACAUCUGGUUACCGUCAAUGCGGUCGUUACUAGAUAAAAUAUAAGUCUGCUUCUCCUAAGAACCGCAUAUUUGACCUCAGUUGUCAUAAUAUUUACUUUCUACUGCACUUCUGCCACGAAAUGAAUAAGUCGAAUAUUAGAUUCACUCUUGGGAUUUUUGUUUAUUUCACUCCUACAUAAAUCUGCAUCACAUGCGUAAUAUUUCUCAUCAAGAUAGGUUGCAUUCCAAGAAUGCUUUCUCGUAUAAGUGCAAGAAUUUAAUGAUGUUGAAACACCCACCAUUGGGCUGAAAUCACCCCCACACCAGCAUAACAUGUACAUAGAUUUACUGCACUGAAAUAAACGUGUAUUGCAGAUUUAAACGUGUUGCCCAGAAUUGAGACAUGUUUUGUGGCCCCGAGUGUUGAGUGCUUGGCAUGAAAUAUGAAAUUUGUCAAACAUUUCGCUGUCCAAAUCUGACCAAGCGUGACGUUAACACCGUAUUACGUAGACGACAGGAAUGUGUUUUAAUGUUUAAUUAGUCAUUGUCGACAUAAACAGUAAGGAUGGUUUUUUCUCUCUCCAACUUACAAAUAGAAAUGUAAUUAUCUCUCUGUUCACCAGUUUGAAUUUCCCCCACUACAGUUUAAUUAAAUUAACAUUUAAUGAUCCGUCAAAAUUAAUUAAAUUUCCAGUUCAUGCCUUUUUAUUUCAGAGAGAGAGAGAGAAAGAGAGAGAGAGAGAGAGAGAUUUCAGUAUUCCGCGUGAGAAAUAAGAUAUUUCCGAUAGAUAAUGUAAAAGAUGCUGGAAAGAUAACGAAACUGUUUAAAACCGAAAAAACUAUUACAAUCCUUUUAUCUCACGCGUUCGCACGUGCAUCGCACAGCAAUAGGUUCAAGUCGGUGUAGUUGUAAAGAGUUAUUUUUAGGUAAUAUAACGAUUUCCAGCUAGACGGUGAUUCAAGAAAUAAACGUAUAUCAAACGAUAUCAGAGUUAUAAUUCUCGACGACCCUUCGACAAGCUGUGUAUUUCUUUUAAUACCUGGAACAGGUGUGAUUAAAGGUGAGUCAUCACCUGGCCAAAUUUACAGGUAAAUAUAUCUUUAUAAGCAAGGAAAACCCACCGAUAGUGGGGAGCGGGUCAUUAAUGUAUCCUGAGUGAUAAGUAAUGCUACGAUACAUAUUUCAUUCACCGUUGGUACAUAUGUAGUAUCUCUGUCUAUAUGCACGAGAAAACCAUCCAUCAUUCUACAAUUGGACUGUACUAAAGAAUGAUGGGGAUAAACCAUGAUUUUUAUGUAAAUGAAGAAAUUACUCUCACGAGAAAAUUUAUUAUUGCUGUUCUUUAACAACUUCUAUUCUGUUUAUUUUGCAAAGUUGAAUUUUCAAGCUUCGAGUUUUAUGUGUGAGAAAGUAUUUUAUCGUUUAACAGUUAAAACGUAAAAAUGGAGCCAGUGUUAAAUUAAAAAAUUCAGAGAAACAAACAUCAAUUGUGAAGUGAUUGAAUUACAGAAAAGGGGUAUAAUAGUGUUAAGUUUAACAUUGGUAGACUUUCCAUUGAAUCAAGGUACCGUGUCUGACCACAACAAUAAACAAUGUGAAUUAUGUGGAAAGCAAGAAAACCGUGAACUGGCCAUAGCGAAACCUGUAAUUAUUGUAUGUUUGUAGUCUGUUUAGCUCCGACCUUUCGUACGGCCGGCCGUCACACACGAUUAUAGUAGACCGAGGGAAACGGAGAGAGAAAUGAAUUAGAAAUAUCGAUUGCUGAAGCACAGGCAAAUAGAAUAUAACGUUGAAUAUUAGAAACAACAUUGUGAAUCAACAUGGCGCACAAACUGAAGGAGCCAGAAUGGGUGAGGUCCUUCAAAAUGGCACACAGGAUACCUAUUCAACAGGACGAUUUAAGUUUCGAGGAACGCCAGAGCAAAGUGUGGGAGGAUAUGGAAAAAGAUAUGGAGCGGCGGCGCAAAGAAUGGGAGAACGAGAUCGAGGAUAUGAGGGGCGGAUUCUUCAACCUCCGCCCCAACAGUAACGGAAAAAUCGAGGCCCUGACGGAUAAAUUAAGUGGCUCAGACGAUGCGAAGACCGUGAUAGAAAAAGAUCAGUUUGGACGACCGGUUUUCAGAGCUCGAUUUAAUGUCAGUGAAUAUAAACCGGAGGAAGUAAAUGUGAAAAUGGAUGCACAUAAACUCAUUGUCAACGCAAAGCACGAAGAAAAAGACGGCCAGCGAUCUGUUUCUCGUGAAUACAGUCGCGAAAUCAAUAUUCCAAAUGAAAUCGAUCCCAUGGCACUCCACUGUACUAUAUCGUCAGACGGUGUGCUCACAGCGGAAGCACUUAUGCCAGUGCCAAACUAUGCACCUAUAACGGACAACACUGGGACCCAAAGAAUAGUCCAGAAUGUCAGCUCGACGGUGUCCAGUACUCCACCCAGGGGUACGCCACCUAUUGGAGUUCAAGUCCAAAACCUACCCCCAACAACACAUACGUCCACGUUCACGACCUUCAUGUCGCCGAAGAGCGGUACAUCCCCACCACCUCAACCGCAAUAUCCCGGAGGAGGGACUGCGAAUGUCACUAACACGAAUAAUCUUCAGCGUACUUACUCCGCACCUCCAUCCCAAUCAUCAUCAAGCACAACUAAAUACGAAACCCGCAGCGGUUCGCAAUCUCCCGCUACCAUGGAUAGGGAUAAGAAAUAUCGCGUCGAGAUAGAUAUUGAAGAUUUCAAUCCAGAAGACCUAAACGUGAAAACGCUGGACAAGAAACUUGUGAUUAGUGCAAGAAAGGAAGAGAGGAUUGGGUCGAGGACCUCCACGAAGGAACUGAACCGUGAAUUCACCUUACCGGACACGGUGGACCCCAUGUCAAUAAAAGCAUUCUUCUCGGAUUCCGGAAAACUUCUGGUAGAAGCUCCGUACAUGAGAUCCAUCACUGUAGGCCAUUAUGGGGACGGGCGGGAAGGCAGUCCCCAUUUUGGGAUGGGUCCCCCCUUGGCCGGAAGAUAGAUUCUCGUUGAGCAUAUAAAUGCAAAUUAUGACGUUUUAACAGCAACAUUUUGACAAUAUAGCUGACAAUAUAUUGACUUCAUGGUCAUCAGGGCGAUACAGCUGGAAUGUAAUAUAUAUUUGACAGACGUGCAUGUUCAAAUCUCACUGUGUCAUUUUGCUUAGGAUACAUUGGUAUUUAUGAAAAUAUGGUGGCAAUAAACUAGUAUUCGCGAAUUUAAAGAAUAUAGUGUUGUAUCUUCGCCGCUUUUUAUAUACAUGUACCAAGCAAUUUAAUUUUAAGUGUAUUUGAUUUUUUCUCAAUUGUUAAUGUGUUUUUUUUUCUGUUUGAUAAACAUUGAUCAUUCUG